AGUAAUUUAUUUGCUGCUCCUUUCACUCUGUUGAUAUAUUUUAGUGUUUCUGUCUUUACACCUCAUACUUUACCGCGUUCAUGGAGGGCUGAUGCAGAGGAACUUAUGGUUUGGUAGAGGAUCAAGCGCAGAUAUGACAUUAAAGGACGGCAUGACCUCCCUCAUCGACAAGACCAUAAAGCUGAGGAGGGAGGAACAGGCUCGGCAGGUUGUCCUGGCAUGGGCCAUGCUGAAUGUGUCUCUGGCUGGGAUGAUCUAUACUGAGAUGUCUGGAAAUCUUCUUGGCAGAUACUACAACAUAACCUACUGGCCGAUCUGGUAUAUUGAGCUUGCCCUGGCUUCCCUGUUCAGUCUCAGUGCGCUUUUUGACUUCUGGAAGUAUUUCAAGUACACUAUGGCCCCAUCCACGAUCACCGUCAGUCCAGAACAACAUCGACUACUUGGACUCAGGGGUUCAGGGAUUCAAGCCUCUCCACCUCAGAAACAAGAAAAGAAAGAAGCUCCAGUCUCAGUCCAGUCGUCGCCCCUGCAGGGACAGAAUGUAAUCAGUUUUAGCCCUGCGCGAACCUCAAGCACCAGCCCUAAGUUCUCCCCCAGCUGUGUGUCUGGGUUCAGUCCACCUCUGAGCAGCCCUUCUUCAUCAGGAGGACCCUUCUCACCCUCCAUGGCAUUCGGCAAGGUGUUGAACUAUAGUCCAUCUUCAGGCUCUUCUCCGUACCCAAGCAACCUCGGACCAGCAGAGGGCACCAGUCUCCGCGCUCGGUACCGCACAUCCCCGUCAGUCUUUAAUUCGCCCGGAGGCAAGGAGGACUGCAUCGAUGACCUGAAGACUUUGGAGAAGUUUUUACAUUCGGAGGAGGAAAAAAGCCACCGCAGUCAAUUGGGGAGUCCAGAGUCAACAUCUCCAAGACACAGUCCAUCGUUCUGGAACUACAGUCGUUCGGUGGGAGAUUACGCACAAAGCCUGAGGAAGUUUCAGUAUCAGCCGGCCUGCCGUUCACAGGCACCGUCUGCCCAUAAAGACGACACGGAGCUGGGCUCUAAACAAGCCGCUGAAGAGGUCUGGGCAAGAAUCACGAUGAGUCGUGUGGUGACAGAUAGUAUUGACAGCUGGACUGCUAAACUGAGAAAUUGGAUAAAUGACACCAUUCUAGUUAAUCUGGUCAGAGAGAUGGACUCGGUCAACAGUCAGCUCAGGAGGAUGGGUUGCCCUGAGCUCCAGAUCGGAGAGGCCAGUAUCAGCAGUCUCAAACAAGCUGCUGUGGUCAAAGCUUCUGCAAUCCCCACCCUCAAUGCUAUCGUACAGUAUCUGGACGUCUCACCAAACCAGGAGUAUCUCGUGGAGAGAAUCAAGGAACUAGCCCACAGCGGCUGCAUGAGCUCUUUCCGCUGGAAUGGAGGAGGAGAUCUGAAAAACCGGAAAUGGGACACAGACCUUCCGACAGAUUCUGCUAUCCUGAUGCAUGUGCUGUGUACGUACCUGGACUCACGGCUUCCUCCACAUCCUAAGUAUCCCGACGGAAAAACCUUUACCUCCCAGCAUUUUAUACAGACGCCUGAUAAACCAGACGUGUCCAAUGAGAACCUGUUUUGCAUUCAUCAAAGUAGCACAAACCCUCCUCAUUAUCAGCUCGUCUACCAGGGCCACAUCUACAGCUUGCCUAAGAAGAGCUGGGAUGAAAGAUGA